AUGGCUGGAGACCUUACAAAACCUUUGGAAACAUUGCAAUACCUUUUUAUCGAGAGAUAUCCCUACUUUUACAAACCCCCGAUGGAAAUGCAAGUGUACAAGCAUACCAUCCGAAUGGUUAAAGUGCAUCGAAUUUUUGGCCUGGAGAAGGUCUGGAGAAGCAUUCCUUUAAUUGGCGGUGCUAUCGCCGUCAUAGCCCUAUUUCGAGCUACGAUUCUUGUUAGUCGCCAAUGCGCGCUGCAAUCCUGCCCCCUGCUCCCCCUCAAAGUAACGGGGUGGAGUUGGUUGGCCCUCAUGGUUGCUUGCGGGACAUGUGCCUACUAUCUCAUUUUUGUCAAGUUUAAUUUGGAAACCAUGCAAAGUUUGGAGGAACUUGGAAAUAUUAGAGGAAAACUGGUUAACGCUCAAGAAAGUAAGAAAGGAGCGAAAAGUGGGUCCAAGCCUAAUUUGGUUGGAAAAAUUCUCAUCUUUUGGAUAUGGAUAGCCUACUUGGUGACUCCAAUUGCGAUUUUCUUCAUAGUUCUUUUUGAUAUCGAUCCAUCAGCCCAACUUGUCGAAAAGUUUUGGCAGCAUUUUCCUUUUAUGAAGGUGUUGGCUAUAAAGAUUGCUUUGGGAAGUAAAGUCUUAUUUCAAUUGGGUGUAUUUGGAGGGCGAUAUCUUGUAAUCUUAGGAAUUGUCUACGAAAUAGAACGCCUUGGUCUUUGGUUUGGUGCAUUAGGAUUGUAUGCUACCAAUGGUCUUAUAGAUAUACUUCUCAGGAGGCAAAUUCUACUCCUAACUCCAACCUCUGAUAAUGCAAGAUCGAAUUGGAACCAUAUCCAAUGGUACAACGGUGUCCGCAUUCUGUUCCAAAUUCCAGAGAUACUUUUAUCAAAUGUGGCCAGUCUUGGAGCAAUUGCGAGUGGAUCAUCUAUUGUUGAAUGUGCAUACAUCUUGAUCAGACUUCACUCAUCUUUACCCUUUAAAAUGUCUACAGUAGCGUUUCCAUUAUUUUUGACAGCAAUAAUCUGCACCAAACUCGGAGGUGACAUGGCUGUCAACGUUUUUGAACAAUCGCGUUUAUUUUUGAUUGUAAUUCAUAAACGAAACAUUAAAGGAAAUCCGGGAUACAAAGUAGUGGACAGAUCAUUGAAGGCAAUGCGCCCAAUCAGUCUCCCCAUUGGAAUAUCCGGAGCAAGAUUAGCAGAAGUGACAAAGCAUUGCACAGCAGUCAUAUUUCACUUGAUAUUUGAUUUAACUAUUCAUGUAUUAAUGACAUUUUGAAGUAAUUCUUUCGCUACGGAGCUAUAUAAUCUGACACAUUGCAUACAUCUAUGUAUGUAAGUAAGUAAUGGUGAGAUGGGCUCAGAUUAGAAGUUACAUCUAUAACAUAAAUUGUAUAGUUUGUGUGAGUUAUUCUUAUUAAUUCUAAAAAUGAUUAUGAAUUUGGUUAUGCAUUUAGAAACUUCAUGCGAAAUAACAACUUGAAUUUGUAACAAGACAAUGGAAACUCAUAACGUAUUUAUGUAUCUUGUACUUGCAUGCAAAAACGGAAAAAACAGAUAAAUCAAUAAUUAAUGACAAUUCUU